AUGCAGAGCUUAUUAAAGGCAUUCUCCUUAGUGUUCGGAGGUUGCUGCUCCAAUGUUAUUACAUUUGAAGAAUUAAUGGGUGAUAGAACAAGCGGCGCUAAUAACCUCAUCACAUUUUGUCAAUUUUUGUUCGUUACAUGUCAAAGUCUCCCCAGCUUUAUAGAUGUUCAUCGACCUUUUCCUUACCUAAAGCCACUGAAAACGCCCUUUCACGUCUACAUUAUUUCUGUCGUUUUAUUCUAUAUUUCCUCUACAACGAAUAAUAGCGUGUUUAAGUACAACAUAUCCAUUCCAAUUCAUAUUGUUUUCAGAUGUUUUGGAACGGUCAUAACCAUGUUUACAAGCUGGUUAUUAAAUGGUAGGAAAUAUACAAGAACUCAAGUAGCAUCAACAAUAUUUCUAACCGUUGGGGCUAUCAUUGCAUCACUCUAUAAAGAUUCCGACUUCCAGUACCAAGAUUUCAAACUGCAAGGUUUGAAAUAUGGAAAAGAUCAGCCUAUAGAUAGCACCUUCAUUUUUGGUCUUUAUAUACUAAUGCUUUCAUCAUUCACUUCAUCUUUACUUUCGGCAUACAAUGAGCGUACGUAUCAAAAAUAUGGUAAGCAUUGGAAAGAGAAUGUUUUUUACAGUCACUUCUUAUCAAUGCCUCUAUUUCUUUUGAACGGAAAACAGUUGAUCUACGAAUAUCGAACAAUGAGAAACUCUAAGAGAGUGAUAUGUUUGAAUGUUGGUCGAACGACUAAAAUCCCGCACGCAGAAACCUUCCUCUUUUUCAAUGUUUUGACGCAAUUUUUUUGCGUUAAGGGCGUUAAUAUGCUUGCCAGUCAAACGAAUGCCUUGACGCUUUCUAUAACGUUACUUGUCAGGAAGUUUUUAAGCCUUUUGCUAAGCGUCUAUCUUUUUGGUAAUAGUCUUUCGUACACCGGCUACUUUGGAGUUUGCCUAGUCUUUUUUGGUGCUUUUAUAUACUCGCUUGGAUCGAUUCGUCCCAGACUUGAAAGUAAAGAAGCAUUGGGGAAAGAUCAAUGA